UUCACCACCUCUAGCUGGUCACUCGACAAUCGAAAAACAUCGGACGAAAAUCGAGUGAAAAGCGGAGAGCAAAGUAAAACAAUAAAAAAGAGAGUAAAAACACACAAUUAAUUAAUUAUAAUUUGCCCGAAAAUACAAAACAGUGUGUGCGCGCGCGAUCACUUAAUUUUGAAUUGUAAUUAAUAAACGCAACUUUGCAAAAAUUAAACGAUAUCAUAAAUAUAUAAAGGAAACCAAGAGGAAAUCAAAAAGAAAUAAGAAUUUAUAAAAAAAAUAGCUGGAAUCAUUCUGAAUUUUCGAUGAUUUCCAUUUAUUCAUCGAACGAUGUGUGAUCAGCCAAAAGAAGUAGUAGUAGUACUAUGGUAAUAUCGAUCGGUACGAUGGGCCUUGUGCCGCAGCCACAUCGAAAAUUUGCAACAUAUCGCAGGCUGUAAGGGAAAAUACCGAAUAAUUGAAUUGCAACGCUAAAUUGCAGAUAUAUAUCCUCUCUUAUGAUAUAGCCGAUAUAUAGAAGAGGAAAACCAGGGGUGAAGCACCACCCCCACCCACCGCCACACAAAUGAGGGUGCCACCAACAGGUUGACCACCUUAAAAACAAAACAAAUACAAACAAAAUAACAUUGUAAUAAAAAAAGCAAACCGCACGACAAAUAGAAAAGGCAAUAACAACAGAAACCACCAAGCCACAAAGCCAGCCACCGAAAGAGAUAGAGCGCUGAAACAAAAAAGGCGAAAUACGAAAAGUAAAAACCCUGAAAACCCCCUUUGAAAACCCCCAUUGAAAACCGCCUGGAAAACCACUAGAAGCCCGCUACAAAAUGUUACAAAACUCGAACGCCGCUGCCGCAGCGCAGGCGGCCUCGGCGGUGGCGACUCCGGCAGCGGCGGCAGCAGCAGCGGCAUCGGCGGCAGCGGCAGCAGCAGCGGCGGCGGCGGCAGCAGCAGCGGCCAACAACGCGGCACUGGCGGCCUCCUCCAUCCAGCCCAAGCUCAUCGUCAUCCGACGGCGGCCAAACCAGGGAUACGGCUUCACGCUGCGCCACUUUAUCGCCUAUCCGCCGGAAGAUGACCAGGCAUCCUCGUCGGCGGCACAAGGAUCGGCAUCGACAUCGGCCAACUGGGCACAGGAAGCCUCUAGUAUGGCCGGCAGCAGCAGCGGCAGCAGCAGCAGCGUCAGCGUCGCCGUUGCCGGGAUCACCGGUUUGGAGCCAACGUCGCCGACGUCGCUGCCGCCGUACCAAGUGAAAGCGAUGGAGACCAUUUUCAUCAAAGAGGUGCAGGCGAACGGACCGGCCCACUACGCCAACCUGCAGACGGGCGACCGCGUGCUGAUGGUCAACAACCAGCCGAUCGCUGGCAUCGCCUACAGCACCAUCGUCUCGAUGAUCAAGCAGACGCCGGCGGUCCUCACGCUGCACGUGGUGCCCAAGGAGUGCGAUGUCCUGCAGAUGCACUAUACAAGCAUUGCCCACACGCCAGAGUCGAAUCGCCUGACCAUGUCGACGCACUCGCCCUCGCUGCUGGCCAACGGCUCCCACAAGACCACAUUUCCAGCAGCAACAGCAGCAGCAGCAGUUGCAGCGCCACCGCAGCAACAUCAGCAGCAACAGUUGAUCUCAUAUCCCGCUGUUGCAGCCGUGACCACAUCAUCGCCGUCAGGAUCGCCGCAUUCGCAUUCGCAUUCGCAAACGCAAUCGCACUCGCAUCCCAACUCCCAUCAUGCACCAUCCCUGCACGGAGGCAGUCGAUCGGGCAGCAUUACCAGCACGGCCAGCGGAGGCAUCACCAUCCUGAGUCACCAGUUCUACCCACAACAGCAGCAGCAACAGCAGCAGCAGCAACAUCGUCAUCCGGCGCUGACUGGCGGCAGCAGCAGCAUCGAUUUCGGGGACAUGGCACAUGGACUGCGGCAACAUCAGCAGCAGCAGCAACAACAACAGCAACAGCAGCAACAUCUCUACCAGCAGCAGCAGCAGCAACAUCAUCUGUUCAAGCGUGCAAAUCAGCCGCCAAAUUUAACAGUAUUAUCGGCCAGCUCGGCAACGACCACGCCCACACCCACGCCCACCGCCCGCCAGCCGAAAUCCGCAACGGCCCUCAGUCAGGCGGUAUAUGCAGUCAGCGCAGGACCCAGUUCAGCCACCGGAUCGGGAUCUGGAUCCCUUUCGGGGGGCAGUGAGAACAGCGACCUGAUGAUCCGACUCCGCGAAUCGAUCAAGCAGAAGGAGGAGUUCCUCAAGUCGCCGGUGCCCGCCUCCCUCUCCUCCGCCACCUCGACCAACGGCAAUCAGGCGCAAUCCUCAUCGCCGGCACAGCAGCAACAUCUGCAGCAGCACCAGCAGCACUUCUUUCCCUCGCACACGCCGCCCGGUGGUGUCCAGGUGGUGGUCCCUCCGCCACGCAGUCGCCAUCAAGUGCUGCUCAAGCAGCAACAGCAACAACUGCAGCAGCUGCAGCAGCAGCAACAACAACAGCAGCAAAAUCAUGUCCUUGGCUUCGAUAUGUACUAUUCCGGUGGCAAGCUAGUGCAGCGAUCUUCCACGGCUCCCAGCAGUGUGAGCCACCACCAUCAGCAACUGCACCAGCAACAGCAGCAGCAACAACUACUCCACCACCAGCAACAACAGCAGAUCCAACAGCAGCAGCAACAUCGCCAGGUGAUGAUCAACAACAAUGCCAAGUAUGCCAAGGAUCUAGACUAUUUCGAGACGUUGCAGGAAACAGGAGUCACCAAUAAAGUUUUCGAGCGCAAAUUGGUGUCGCACAUGUCCAAGGGCUUCGAUCCGUUCAAGCCGCUGUCGAUCAACACCAGUGCCAUGGAGUCCUCCGCCAGCACAUCGAGCAAUGCGACCACGACGACGGUGAAGAAACAAAGUGUGCUGUACGAGUCCCUGCAGCAGCAUCCGCUGGCCAAGUACCAUCAGACGCAGCAUCAAACUUCGGCGACGACUACGAUGACGACGACGACGACGACGGUGGACGGACAGACGAGCAGCCGGAUGGAGCUGCACAAGGCGACGCUGGCGAAUGCCACCAUCGAUCCGGUGCCCGUGGGACCCAGCAAGUUUGUGGCGCUGCAGGAAAAGCCGCCUGUGGGUUCCUCCGUUGCCACCUUGGCGGACAUUGCCGAGAGCAGUGCGGCAGCUAUUGUGGACUGUGCUGUGGGAAGCGGAAACGUUGUACGGCGCUACAAACCAUUAUCCUCCAGCUCCUUUGACGAAGGCAAACCGAUGCGUAGGAUCUCCUAUCUGCGGGCCACCAACAACGAGGCCGACUUCAAUGCGGAGGCAGCAGCUGGUGGGGAUGCUGCUGCGGCAGCAGGAUCAUCGGCAUCAGCUGGAGUACCAUCCGUUCCAGUCGUACCAGCAGCUGCAGCUGCAUCUGCACCUGGACCCGCUCCUGCAUCCGCUCCUGCACCCGCACCCCUGCCCAUUUCGAUUCCCAUUCCGGUGGCUGCUGUCGUGGAGCCGCAGAAGACGAAAUCCCUGGUGGAGGAGCAUCCGGAUCCCACCUACGAUGUGAUCGGAGGCACUGGCGGCGGCCACGAGUUCAUCGAGACGCCGAACGGCCUGGAGGAUGUGCGUCUGUCGGCCCACGGGAGUCGCAGGGCCUCCAUGAGCAGCGACAUGCGUAGCAGCAUUCACAUUGAUGCCGAGUUGAAUGGCAAGUAUGUGCCCAAUGAACUAGAGGCCUUCGAAACGGAGAUCGAGAUCAAGUCCUCUUGCAUCAACGGAAAGCGCAUGUCCGAGUACCGAUCGUGGCGUCAGGUGAAGCUGGAGAUCAAGGGCGAUCUGCUGCGCAUCUACUCAGGCCGCCAUGCCAAAUCGGAGCACAAUGUGAUAGAACUUGAUAUUAGAAACUUUAAAUUCUUCGACGAGUCUCUGGACAAGAAGAAGUACUUGAUCCGCAUGCAGUCGAAGCCAUCGCCCAGUGGCGCCCAUUUGGCCUCGCUGGGCAACGAGUUGAACCUGGACGAGGGUCAUGACAAGCUGCUGACCUCCUCUGGCAGUAGCAGUGCGAAUGAGCCCACUGCCAACUCGGCCUCAAGCUCGGCCCUGACCGCAUCCACCUCCUCGUCCACCUGCAGCAGCGGUCCCUACACGGAGAUCCUGUUCAAGACCAAGAGCAGCAACGAGAUGAAGCGUCUGUUCGGGUUGCUGCAGUGGAAGGACAGCCUCAACUACGACGACAAUGAGCACCAGCAGCAGGGCAAGCAAUUGGCGGAGCCACAGAAAACAGUGGCCAGUGCCAGCUAUUUGGACGACGCUCAAGCCGGAGCAGCUGCCGCGGACAGUUCCCCAUUGAGCUCACAUUCGGGUGGCAUUGCCGAGGCUAGCGGCGGUCAUCAUCAUGUUUCUGCUCUGCCAGCGGCGGCGGCCAUUGUGGCGGCCACCAGCGACUCCAUAUCGCCGGUGAUGAAGGCAAGGAAAUCGUCGUCGCACAAGCAUAUACCAGAUAAGGAUUUGGGCUCGCCCAAAUCGAAGAACUGGAAGGAUUUACUCUUCCGCCGCGGCGGCAGUGGAAGUGGGGGCGUGUCCCACCACGACUUGGCCUCGCCAUCCGCCUGCGCAGCCAAACAGUUUGGGUCCAUCGGCGUUCCCCUGCGUAGCUGUCCCAUGUCGAAAGUCAAUGCCAAUGUGCCGCAUUUGGUGGAAGUGUGCACGAACAUUGUGGAGACGAAGGGUCUGGGCGUGGUGGGCAUCUAUCGCAUACCCGGCAACAAGGCGGCCAUAUCGGAGCUGUCCGAACUGGUCAACAACAAGGACUUCCAGUUCGAAAGCUGUGCGAGCGAUGACCGCUGGGAGGAUGUGAAUGUGGUGAGCAGUCUGCUCAAGUUGUUUAUACGCAGCCUGCCGGAUGCCCUAAUGCCGGCCAACUACUACAUUAACUUCAUCGAGGCGGACAAGAAGUUUGGCCUGGAGAGGAUUGUCCUGCUGCGUGAGAUAGUGGAGUCGCUGCCGCAACAUCCCUACGAGACAAUGAAGCAUUUGAUUCGGCAUCUCUGCCGGGUGAGCGGCAAUUGCGAGGUCAACCGCAUGGAGCCCAAGAACCUGGCCAUCAUCUUCGGGCCCUCGAUAAUCAGGACGCCGAAUGACACGCUGGAAACGGCAGUCAAAGACAUGAAGCACCAGUGCCGCAUCGUCGAGCUGCUGGUCACUCAGUAUGACUACUUCUUCGAGGGCGGCAGUCUGCCUGAUUUGGCGGAGGUGAGCGGCGGUUCUGCCGCCGUCAGCGCGGCACAGCCGCAGCAGCAGACGCAGGAGGACCAGACGAGCAUGCUGCUGCACAACCUGUCGAAGAUCGAGCGAAUCACGGAGCGGGAAACCACGCGCACAUCGCGCUUCAUGCCCCAACUGAGGCGGAAGACCCAUGGCAAGCGGAGCGCCGUGAACUCGGACACGUACUCCGGCGAGAGUGUUCUGGUAAGCGGGAGCUCCUCCAACAACACCACAACCACCACCACCACCCACACCACAAGUAGCACAAGUAGUAGCAACACCAUCACCACAACCAUCAGCACCACCACCAUCCAGCAGCGACGGGCGCAGCGCAAGGCUGUCCAGAGCAUUUGCGACCAGGCUCUAAUCCUGCUCCUGCCCACACCCGUUUCCUCCGUCUCUCUUCCCUUUCAGUCGCUGGACUACGCCAAGGUGUCCGCCUCGGCCUCCGCCAGCAGUACCGCCAGUACCUCGAGCAGCUCCACGCUCCACAGCGGCGGCGGCAAGGCAUCCGCCUCGUCCUCUUCAAGUUCCACCACCAAGUUCAGCUCGUCCUCGUCGUCGGCCUCCUCCACCACGGCAGUGGCCGUUUCCUCGUCCAUCUCGGCAACUUCGUCCAAGUUGCUGAGUGCCAAUUUCAAGAAGCGCAGCACAGGCGGAUUCCUGGGCUCGCGGUCCUCACACCAGACGCGCAAGGCCAGCUUGGAUGAAAAGGAUUCGGGACAAUCGUCUGGCAGUCUGGGCCACAGCCUGGGAGUGGGUCUGAAUCUGGCCAAGGAGCAGCAGCGCAGCAGCGUGGACAUAUCGAUUCUGCUUACGGACGACGACAGCAGCAGUCGGCUCAGCGAUACGGGUUCCAUGUCGCUGACGACCAUCACGGACACGCUGGACAGCAAGCUGCGCAACCUGCGGAGCGGCUCCGAAUCGAACGAUGAGAACGGAUCGCCCGAGUUCCCCAAGAACCGGCGGCACACCCUGGGCCAGCCGCUGCACCUGCACUCCGAGAACAUUCCGUAUGCGGACGAGUCGCCCGAGCGGCUGUUCCAUCAGUUUUGCAAUCCCCUGGACGCGGCCCCCCUCUCCCUGCACCUGAGUCGCUCCUGCACGGCCACCAAUACGAUUGGGGGCGGCGAUGAGAAGCCAUCGAAGCAGUCGGCCGGCGUGGCGCCACUGCCCCCAAGUUUGCUAAAGGCUGCGCAUAAGCUACAGCACUCGGCCACGGUGCCCAUUCAUCAGGGCAGCUCCACGGCACCGACCAGCGGAGCAGCCACGCCCGUUGGCACGCCCACCGGUAGCAUUGGAGCCGGACCCGGCGCCAUUUCCUCGCGCAGCUCCUCGAGCAGUGUGACGACGCUGACCAAAAGCAUACAUCCCAGAUUCAGCAACUAUAUGAGCUACGAGAGGAGCAAUGCGGCCGCAGGUGCUGCAGAAAGGGCCGUGGUAUCCGGAGGGGCUGGAGGAGCUGCCUCCGAGGACGAUUCCGAGGGAUCGACCACAAGCGAUCCCAAGGAGAAGCUGCUGCUCGGUGAGCGCCCGUCGCCGUCGUUUUUUCUCGAGCGCUACAACAAGAAGAGACGCGACCAUCGGUUAUUUCGGAGUGCCAGCUUCAAUUGCCGGAACUACUCCACCCGGCACAUGACGGCCCAACAGUCCGGAGCAGGAGGAUCGGCCGGGGGAGUAUCGGGCGGAGUAGCUGGAGCGGUGGCGGUGGGCGUGGCCUGCUGCCAGGCAUUGAGUGCCACCGGCUUGACCAAGGACGAGAAGACUGACAUGAACCUGACCAAGAAGCGCCAGAUCCAGAACAAGCAGAACCGCUCGAUUAAGCGCCGACAUACGGUGGGCGGACCGCACGACUAUUCCGCCAGCAAUGGCAGCUGCUCGAACCACGCCCACGGUCACGAUCUGGCGGCCAUAAACUACAAUCACCACAAUCGCCAUCACCAGCAGCAGUUGCUGAAACUGGGCAGCGCCUCAACCGGCGGCGGUGGCAGUGUUGCAGCGGCGGCCGAGACGACAACCACCACGACGACCACCACCACGGUGCUGCGGCGCCUGGGAGCGGGACAAGCUGGCGCCGAUGCCAGUGUGGCAUUGCCGGGAUCAAAUUCGGGAUCCAGCAGCAAUAACAACAAUUCGCCCCAAAGCGAUGGCAGCAAUGGCAAUGGCGGUGGAGCAGCGGGUGUGACCUCCAGUGCACCACCGUCUGGAGGAGUGGGCGGCGGUGGCGGAGUCGUCGUGGGCGUGGUCGGCAACAACAGCAAUAGCAGCAGCAACAGCAGCAGCACCAGCACCACACCCGCUGGCAACGGAGAUCAGGUCCUAGAAGUGGGCAUACGCAUCAAGAACAUCAACCGAGGUCGCUUCUAAAGAAAACACUACAUCUCCAAACAUAAGAAAAUAACCAAUGUAACAAUGUAGUUAAAACAGUCUGCUUGGGUCACCUUUAAAAAAGCAUGUUUACAUUUUCACAAGAAUGAAGCUAAAGCAGUUAAAUUGACAAAAACAGGCAGUCUGCUAAAUUCAAAUUUUAAGAAACCUGAUUAGUAAAAUGGUUUAUAUAUCAAAAUGCAGAUGACUGCAAUGAAACCACCCGGAAAUAGCAGUUGCUUAAAAAUGGUUAUUCUGCUUUAUUCAUACCAUGAAAACAACAAGUUUAAAUGAGUAUCAAUAGAGUUUAACAUAUAGACCAAAACAUAAAAUGAAGAUAUUUAACAACAGUCUGUUAAAAACACACACAAAUGAUAAUCCCACAUCUUAAGAAACCAACGUUUAAAUGAAUGUUAACCUGAGCAAAGUUGCUAAAAAAAUAUAUCAAAUCAAAGCCGAGAUGUAAUUUUGAAUAGGUUUAUGUAGCAUUGCUUCACAAACGAAUGUCUUUAAAAUAAAAUUUGGUGUCUUAAGAAAUCAAAACAAAUUUUAAAGCCAAUGUGUGUGUAUGACAAAGCUACUUAAAAACAAAUCAAAGAUUACCAUUCACAACUUAGAUUCUGUGGAAAAUAGUCACCAUAAUCUAUAUAACUAUAUACCUAUAUCAAUGUGCAGUUGCAAAGUUGGGUCUUAAAAGUUAACCAAAAGGAUAUAAGAAAUGAUUUGAUUGCAAAAAAGAAUCAGCAGAGCAGUUAAAUACGUAUUAUCACAUAUUCUAUCACGAUAUAUUAUAUAUUCAUGUGCAGAUCCCAAGGAGUUGUGUCGUAAUUAAAUAUAUAAUACUGACACACGACAAAAAAUAACUAUUACAUUGAAAACCAAACAGAUCAACCUAUCCGGUUCGUUUUUAGAAAACUGAAAAUAAUUAUUUGGCAAAGAUCCGAGAUCGAAUUGCUUAAUGCACAGUAAACAAAAAAGAGGCACAACUCCCAGGGUUAAACAAAUCUUAACAACGCAACGCAGAAAAAACAAUCUUAGAUGAAAACUAUACGAGGGCAGGAAGUAAUUUAUUCGCACACACAAAAUACACAAAACACACAAAUUAAAUGGGAACCAAGCAAAGAUCUGGAUUCAAACAGAAAGAGAGAUAUAUAUAUUGGGAAACAGAGAAAGAGAUAUAUAUAUAAAGGGAGACGGAAAGCGGAAGAUAGAGAGAGAGAGAGAGAACUAUUUUGUAAAACGUAUACAACACAAUACAGAGAAAUCGCAUAAAUAACCACCUAUGUAUAGGAACAAUCGAAAGCGUCGCCUGUCCGGAAAUUCAGCCGAGUCCCUCUGCCAACUUAGUUGCGCUAGGUCCUUGAUAGGGAUCAGUUUGAUGUUUUGUUUUGAAUGUGUAUUUGUUUUUUUGUUUUCUGUGUACCCGUGUACCUGCUGUAAAAAAAAAGUGGAGGAAAAAAGGAGAACCCAUUUUUGGUGCCUUAAAUUGUUUGUGUUUCAAAUUUUGGAAACCUAUUUUUUUUUACCCACACACAUUUUUUUUUUUGAUACCCAAAUUCGUUUAUUUAAUUGGCGGUGCUUUAGGAUAUGUAUGAUAUUGGUGCGGCUAUAAAGCUAUAUUAUAGAGAGAUAUGUAUACAAACUUUGCACACAAGCUGCUGUUCAGACAGGCGACCAGAAGAAGGAUACCAUGUUCGGGAUGAUGUUUUAUUGAUAAAGCAACUAUAUGUUUACCAUAUAACGCAUAAGAAACGGCAUAAAUUUACAUUUACAUAUAUAAUAUUAUAUAUUUUUGUGUAGUUUGUAUAUGAUUUUAUAUGAUUUAAGUUUGGCAAAAACAAGAACGCAUAAAAAUACAUGCAAAUAUAUUUGAUUAAGCAAUUAGAUAGU